CGCCGUCCGGCCUCUCUACCUUUUAUUAAUAGUGUAUUUGAUCUAUUUUUUGCCCCUCUCCCCUCCACACUGCAAAGCCUUUUUUUUCUAGAUUCAUGUUGCCAGUUUUAAAGUAAUCAGCUGACAUUUCAGAGCGAAGAAUCUAUUCCCUGACCUUUCUGUGUUUACCAAGGUAUUUUGAUCGAGGGCUUUCUCUACUUUCAUCUCUUAAAUAUGUGUGCCUGGAACCAAUCACUAGCCAUGAACUCAGGACUCUGGGAAUAAAAACAGUAAAUGAGAAAAAAACGAAAGCAGAAAGCCACUAUUAAAAAAAGUUUUCAUGUGCUUAGUCGUUCAUGCUGAUUUUUGUUUAAUGAGAGCAUUGUGCCACCUUUUUUUACUUUUCUUCUUGAAAGCAAUUCGUUAAAUCAGGAAAAUAGAAUAGAUUCCAUUUCUCCCACACUUAAAGAUAUCAGAGCACUUGGCCCGACGUUCACUUAUUUUCUUUCUUUAGCACACACCAUCUUUAUUCUAGGUAUAGACACCAUGUCAGCUAUUGGUUACAUGAUGUCAGAUGAUAAGUAGUGUAGAGUAAUGUACUCCCAGUGAGUUUUCUGGGGGACAUAGCCAGUUGAGAUGAAUUUGCUGCUCUUUCAAGUCUUAAAAUGCCCAUGCGACCUCAUGCGAGGGGGUCGAUUCAGGGCAACACUAAGCUAAAAUCCCCCCUUUGAGAAAUAAUUGAUGAGGAGACUGUGUGUGUGCAUGUGCACGCGUGCGCUUAAGUUUUUUACUCCUGGGACAAAGGGAAGCAGGCUUCAUUCCACUUGCCUGGGCAUCAUCCUACUAUUAUACCACGCAAGUGGUGGCACAAACACAAUCUGCACCAGUGCCCAGACACACAAUGUGAGUUUCCUCUCACCAAUACCACAACAGCAACAAAUUGCUCGUUGCUAGGUAACUAAUGGACAGCUAUAAGUGGAAGCGAUGAGCAGCCAGCUUCAUUGCAGGAGGUCCUGCGUGUUAUAAUUUAAUCAGCAUUUACAAAUGAUGGUCAGUCGUCAUCAUUUUGUUGCCGCAAUGCUCAAAGUGACUUAAUUAAUUUGUUUGAUGACAAGGUAGCCAGAAUCUAUUGAAAUAUAUUCAAUGUACUGAAGUUUACACUAACCAUUUUUUUUUUUAAACUGAUAGAAAUCGGCUGAUGAUUUCACAUCAGAUAAUAAGAGAGUGUUUUCUUCCUGCUGAGUGAUAACAGAGAUAACUGUUCCUUCCUGCAGGCAGGAGAAUAAUUACACUAUCUAAACAUGGAUCAUACAUGAUCCAUGCCUCCCACGUUAUGGCAGGAUAAUUGUGUUACCAUGGCGAUGCAAUCUGCUCCUAUCACUUUGGUUCUACACCAGAUUGGAACCACAGGGAAGUCCACAGCAUCAUAUUCACCCUGGUGUUAGGAGCAAUAAACGGCUGGGGCAGGGGUUUGCUGCAUGCCUGCUGAAAAUGUACGGGCAUGCAGAUGUUGUACAUUCAUCCUGCUGCUAAAAGGAAAUAUUUUGUUAUAGGGAGAUUAUUGAUCAUUAAGGUCAUUGACCACUGACAAACGCAUGCUGAUGGCCAUAAUCAAACCUGCAGAACUGUUUCACUUCAAGUGAAGAUGUCAGAGUUUCCAAAGAUACAAAAUAUAUCAAAUUGAAUUAUGUGAUGCAAAGGACAUGUAUUAGAUAUUUUCAUGGGAUAGUGCUGCUGUACAACCCGCUUGGGAUUGAACGUUUCAUGUAGAGUCAGAAUCCAACGGCUGCAACUAAGUUGACAGAAUACUGUAUAUAAAGCAAUGCCCUAGUGGGUUUUGGGGACACUUUUUCCCACAGACGUAGAGCUUUCUGAGUCUUAUUGACCACUCAAAGUGCUUUACAGCAGAUGUCACAUUCACGCACAUUCAUACAGCGCUGAUAUUUACUGCUAUUUCACAUUCAUACACUGUCAGAAUAGCAUUCAGAGGCAAUUCAGGGUUAAGUGUCUUGCCCAAGGACUGGACUAGGCGGACUAGGGGAAACGUGGAUCAAACCGCCAACCUUCGGGUUAGUGGAUGACCAUCAACAUGCUCAAGUAUUUUAAAAUUUGACACUUGUACAUUCAGUUCUACAUUCCACAAAAUUCAAGAACUGUCCCUGUACAUUUCUUCAAAUUCAGACAAAAAGAUUCAUGACAUUGCAGUGCCUCUCGUUUAAUUUCAAUCGUUACCUUGGUAGCAGUGGUUGAAAAAAGGUCCAUUUAGCAGCUGUUCUGGAGCUUUCAAUCACAUCACGGGGUUCACCUCAGCAGAUAAUCGGGCAAACCUUAUCUGCUGAGGAAGAUUGUUUGAUAUGCUUCAAAAUAUCGACCAUAUCAUUCGAUUAACUUUGUCACAGCUAGCUGACCUAAGUGUGUGUCAACUGUUUCAAAGGACAACAAUGCACUAUCUGUCUAAAGUAUUGAGCCAACCAGGACCAGAAGUGCCUAAAGUGCUAAGAGAAACUGUUCCAUGUCAACUUGGAAACUCUCAUCAACCAUACCUUGACUCUGGAAAUCUGUUGAACUUCCUUUGAAGAAUGUUUCCCCAAAACUCACAGGGACUUUGAAGUUUACACAACCAAUCAGCAACGACACUAAAACCUGAUCAUGUUGUUGCGGCAGAUUGGUGUGUAGGCCUACAUGUGUGCCCUGUGUUGAAAGAGUUAAUUCAGAACCAUCUCCCGGCCGCCCCCCUCCGCCGGGGGGCUUCGUGGACCAGCACCCGCCGCUUGGUAGUAAGAGACAAACCGGAAUAAGCGUGAGGGAGACGAGAGGAGGAGAUCCAGUGUGUGGGCAACACGGGGCCGCGAUCAGCUGCGUCGUGGCGCGUCCCGCGCACGGAGCGUCUUCGGAGAGAACCGAAGAGGAGAGGACAGCUUGACACAUCCAAAGGAAGAUACAGGUUUCCCACGAGACCCGCCUCCUGGACCAGGUGCUGGAGCUGAUUAUGAACGAGAAACCCCCCGCAAGCACGAGUCUCUUCCUGAACGAGGACGUGGACAAACCCCCCCUGCCAGAGAGAGGAGACUUAAGGCGGCGUCUGCGCAGGGCAAUGGAGAGGAGAGCCAGCGGCAUGAAGGAGAGGAUGUGCUCCAUCAGCAGGGGCAGCGUCAAAGGUUUCCUCAAGAGGAACCUGUUCGUUCUGUUCACUGUCGCCGCCGUGGCUCUGGGUGUACUCCUGGGCUUUGCUCUACGCCCCCACAACCUGUCCCUGAGGGAGAUCAAGUACUUUGCCUUUCCCGGGGAGCUCCUGAUGAGAAUGCUACAGAUGCUGGUGCUGCCUCUCAUCGUCUCCAGUCUGGUCACAGGUAUUUCCUCCUUGGACAGCAAGGCAUCAGGUAAAAUGGGUGUUCGAGCAGUGGUCUACUACAUGGUGACCACCCUGAUCGCUGUGUUCAUUGGCAUUGUCGUUGUGAUAAUCAUCCGGCCGGGGAAAGGCAGCAGAGAUAGUCCCGUGGCCAACAGUGGGAACAUUGAACCUGUUCAGGCCGCCGAUGCUUUUCUGGAUCUCAUCAGGAACAUGUUUCCUCCCAAUCUGGUAGAAGCUUGUUUCAAACAGUACAAAACUGUUUACAAGAAGACCGUUCACACCAGGAACGUGACAGUGACCCUGAACCUCACCGACUCUCUCAACGUGACAGAGACUAACAUGAGCAUGGACCUCAGCAGGGUGCUACACACCAUACAGGAGACGGUGGAGGAGACGGUCCCUGUGUCAGGCUCCUCCAGCGGAGUGAACGCUCUGGGUCUGGUGGUCUUCUCCAUGUGCUUCGGUCUGGUCAUUGGCAACAUGAAGCAGCAGGGCCAGGCUCUCAGGGACUUCUUUGACUGCCUGAAUGAAGCCAUCAUGAGGCUGGUGGCCAUCAUCAUCUGGUAUGCUCCAGUGGGCAUCCUGUUCCUGAUUGCAGGGAAGAUUGUGGAGAUGAAGAAUCUGGCAGAGGUGGGCGGUCAGCUGGGGAUGUACACCGUGUCAGUCAUUGUGGGUCUCCUCAUCCAUGGCCUCUUCGUCCUGCCGUUGCUUUACUUCCUGGUGACCAGGAAGAAUCCCUAUAGCUUCAUCGGUGGUCUGCUGCAGGCGCUCAUCACGGCUCUGGGAACGUCGUCCAGCUCUGCGACCCUGCCCAUCACCUUCCGCUGUCUUGAAGAGAACAACCACGUGGAUAAAAGAGUGACACGCUUCAUCCUCCCUGUGGGCGCCACCAUCAACAUGGAUGGCACCGCCCUCUAUGAGGCUGUGGCAGCCAUCUUUAUCGCUCAGGUCAAUGACAUGGACCUAAACUUUGGACAGAUUCUCACCAUUAGUAUCACAGCAACUGCUGCCAGCAUCGGAGCAGCAGGCAUCCCUCAGGCUGGCCUGGUUACCAUGGUGAUCGUAUUGACAUCGGUGGGACUGCCCACAGAGGACAUAACACUGAUCAUCGCUGUGGAUUGGUUCUUGGACCGCUUGCGUACCACUACCAAUGUGCUGGGUGACUCGCUCGGGGCUGGCAUUGUGGAGCACCUGUCCCGCGGAGAGCUACAAAGUCAGGAUGCUGAGGUGCGCAACUCUGUAAUCGAGGAGAACGAGAAGCCCUAUCAGCUCAUCUGCCAGGAGAACGACUCUGUCAAGCACCACAACAGCGAGACAACAAUGUGAAAAAAAUAAACCACACUCGGGGGAAAUGGGCUCCAUGCUAGAAGGUUGGUCUGCAAUGGUGCAGAAAAAUAUAUAAAGUUUUGGAUUGACUCACCCAGUGCCUAGGGUUCCCAGAGUGUCCUAAAUUCUCAUCAUCCCCUCAAAUACAAAAAGUUCUGUAGAGAAAAAGGAAAUACAAGACCUGGCCUGUGGCCUGUGUGUGGUGAAAGGAAAUAAGUACACAUGCUGUUUAGGAAUGGUUACAUAUACACUGCUAACAAUCUGGUUCAAUACCAGUGAUGUGGCACUCAAUCAUGUGUGUCAUCUAAAGCUGAAAGUCAUUUUCAAAACAUAUUCACGUUUCUCAAGUUUUCAAAGAUAUGUAUGAUUUCUGAUUUAUAGAGUCAGAAUCAUAAAUAGUCCUUCCAACAUCAGAGUUAGACUAAAAUGUAUGAUCAGAGAGAAACACCAUAAUUCCAAUCCAUUACAAAAACAUUUUUUUUGUCAUAUUCAUACAUCAUGGCUACCUCUAAUAGGACAUUUAGAUAUGGACCUUCUGCAGCGCUUCACACAAAUACUCAAUGGACAUAUCAACAGGAUAUAAAUACUUUAUGUGCUCAGUUGUUAUAGAUCGCAUAUUUAAGUUUUGAUUUUAUUUUCUGUUAUGUAAGUUUGCUUUGCACAAAUCACUGGACCAUGGUGUGAAGAAGAACCUUUGCUUCUUAUUGUUUAAAUGUUGAUAUAUUUCAAGUUUUACACUCAUUGCUUUCUUAUAGAUAUUAGAUUUGCAAGUAUUUCCUGUAUUUCUUUGGUGAUAAUAAUGCUUGUAAACAAUGGCCAUAGGACUGUACCCCCACACUAAUUUUAAGGUAAUACUUGCAGUAAUCCUUGUUCUGCAACCGUCAAUUUCAGUCAAAUAUUCUGUUAUCCUAACUAAGAAAAGAGAAUAUCUUUUCUUCUGUUUCUAUCUUUUUUUCCCUAUUAAAAGUUCUUAUUUUCCCAUUUAAGGUCUGAUUUUACCAUACUUUUCAUAUCAUAUUUUAUCAUACAAGCAUUUUGCUGUUAGUUGCAACACUGUUUUAAGCUUAACUCUUAGUUUUCUGCAUUAUAGCAAACAUGCAAUUUGAUCUUGGUAUAUUUUGACUGGAAUAGUAUAUCGUAGGCUAAUCACAGAUUUAUUUUUUAUUCUUUUGUGAAAAUGUACUGUGAAUAAAGUUUGUGAAUGCUUUAGGAAUUGAAUGUACCUUUGGGCUUUUUGAUGCUGAUUGUUGUAGAGGAAAGUUUAGUGCAUAUUUAUGGAAGUGAAAAGGUAUAUACUGUUCAGUUUAAUUGAAAGUUCUUAGUACUUUGUGUCACUUUUAUGCUCAUUAAGAGGUUUCCCUUUAGUUUGGAUGCUUGAUGUUAUUUCAGUAAAAGGGUUGUGCCUCACGGAGGAGCAGCUCAACAUUUUUGAUGGACAGCUGGUGAAAAAUGUGAGGAAUAAAUGGCUCAGGAAUUGAA